CGCGGGGAUCCGCCGGCCAGUGCAGCCGCAGGGCGCCGCAGCCGCCGCCUCUUCCCCCGCCGCUUUUCCUCGUCUCCGGCGCUGCCCAUGGCUUCCCGCCGCCCCUGCUGACCGGCCGCCCCUCGCCUUCUCCCGAGCCGAGCCGGGCCGGGGCAGGGCAGAGAAGAUGGGGAACACCACCUCCUGCUGCGUCUCCUCCAGCCCCAAGCUGCGCAGGAAUGCCCACUCCCGCCUGGAGUCCUACCGCCCCGAGGCCGAGCUGAGCCGGGAGGACACGGGCUGCAACCUGCAGCACAUCAGCGACCGGGAGAACAUAGACGAUUUGAACAUGGAAUUCAACCCAUCAGAUCAUCCACGAGCCAGUACGAUAUUUCUCAGUAAAUCACAAACAGAUGUGAGAGAAAAACGCAAGAGUCUCUAUAUAAACCACCAUCCUCCUGGGCAGUUGAGAAGGAAGUACAGUUCCUGCUCCACUAUUUUCCUGGAUGACAGCACAGUCAGUCAGCCAAACCUCAAGUAUACCAUCAAAUGUGUAGCUCUUGCAAUAUAUUACCACAUCAAAAACAGGGAUACAGACGGAAGAAUGCUCUUAGAUAUUUUUGAUGAAAACCUUCAUCCCCUUUCGAAAUCCGAAGUGCCACCAGACUAUGACAAACAUGACCCGGAGCAGAAACAGAUUUACCGCUUUGUUCGGACGUUGUUUAGUGCUGCUCAACUGACUGCUGAAUGUGCCAUUGUCACCCUGGUAUACCUUGAAAGACUUUUAACUUAUGCAGAAAUAGAUAUUUGUCCAGCAAACUGGAAACGAAUUGUAUUGGGUGCAAUUCUACUGGCAUCCAAAGUUUGGGAUGACCAGGCAGUGUGGAACGUGGAUUACUGCCAGAUCCUGAAAGAUAUCACAGUCGAAGACAUGAAUGAGCUGGAACGCCAGUUUCUUGAGCUGUUGCAAUUCAAUAUCAAUGUUCCCUCCAGUGUUUAUGCCAAGUAUUAUUUUGAUUUGCGUUCCCUGGCAGAAGCAAAUAACCUGAGUUUUCCUUUGGAGCCCCUCAGCAGGGACAGGGCAUAUAAACUUGAGGCCAUUUCCCGCUUGUGUGAAGAUAAAUACAAGGACUUCAGGAAAGCCGCAAAGAAACGGUCAGUCAGUGCUGACAAUCUGACUGUGGUUAGAUGGUCCCCUGCUAUUAUCUCCUAACAGAGGAGACUGGAAUAUUCCUAUGGACGUACUGUUUCAUCCAUCCAUUUUUUUUCGGGGUGGGCUGGGGGCGGGGGGCUAAAGAAAAAAAAGACUUUUGAUUUUUUUAUUUUUAAAUCUGUCAAGCUGCCUUUACAGUGCCUCCCCAUUGUGUAGCACACAAGUACAUACCUAGUGGAAGGAGAAAUGGAGAAAGCCGUGUUCGGGAGAGAAGAUGGGCAACGAUUCUUUUCUCACUCUCGCUAACAGCUUUACCCCUUUUAUGAGGAAACUGCGAAUUGGGUGCUUGGAAGAAGAAACGAAAAAUGAAGUAGAGGCAGAAAUAUAUGUGGGAACUGUGCCAUUUUCUAAUAAGCUGUACUCAUGAAGAGAAAUGGCAGCAUGCAAACAAACCAUGUAGUCAGAUGACUGUGCACUAGAGGAAUGAAAUUGCGAGAGUUCCAUCAUAAAGGUUUCUCUUAAUAUCUUUUUUAUUUUGUGUUGGGUUUUUUUUGUUUUUUCAUUCCUCAUUGCUGCUUCCCAGGAUAAAUUCUUCCCUUUGCACAGCGAGAAAUACGAAGUCUGUAUUUACAGUAGCACAAGCCCCUGAAUAAAUAGUGUCGGGUUUUUUCACUGCACUUUUCUCUGUAAGCUGUCUUAUUAGCAUUAUUCUUUAUAAUUAUUAUGCAUAUGUUAUAUUUCUUGUAUGCCUUUUAUUGUAUUUCAAAAGAGAGAACUUGACCAUAGUGCUGAACCAAAAGUGUGUACAGGGAUCAGAAGAUCUUCGUAAUUUCAUGAUGUGUUUUAUUUAUAGUAUACUUGGGUGCGUGUGCCUUCCUGAGUUCUUGGAAUCAUUUAUUUUUCCUUAAUAUAAAGAUACAGUUAUUAAAGUAUUCAGAUGAUGAUGAUAAGACUUGGGCCAAAUCUCUGAAAUUUGCAACAGAUCUUGUGAUCCUUUUUGCAGAUUUUCAUAGCAUUAGAAGUUUAGCAGAAUUCAUUCUGAGGGAGAUUAUUUUGGUUUUGUAUGGCCUGACUAGUUCAUUCCUUCACCUCCAGGUCCAUUGUUGCAAGCAAUAUUCUCAAUUUUUAUAUGUUUACUUUAAAUCAAAGUGAGCCUCUUUGUAUAAAAUAAAAAAUAAUAAAAAAAAUGUUGUUCCAGUGAGAAGGCCUGUGGAAGAGCAGGAUAAAAAUCUUAACAAGAUACUUGUCACAAAUAGAUUUGAUUUUGAAACUAAAAUACAAACCCUCAUGUUCUUCAACCUAGGUGCUUAUAGAAAUUAACAGUAAACGAGCUGUGAACAUAAUUUUCAACUCUGAUUAUUAUGCUCUUCUGUUGUUGUUACUACUAGUUCCCUCUUACCAUGGCUGUUGCCCCCUUGGAAUUUGUAAGAACCUUUCAUAGGAAAUAACUUGUCAGUAUAAGCAUUUGCUUUUAUCAUUUCCCAGGGUGAC